UAAUUCAGUUGGCCGACUACGCUUGAACGACUUUGACGUUACCCGCGCUCAGUUAUCAUAGAAUUUUGUAUAAGUGACACCCAAAAGGAGACUAAGACUCAACGAGAUGUUUUACCUAGUAUUUGUGGCGAUCUUUAUUGCACUUAUUUCUUUGUGCUUGUGGCAUUUGCAUAAAGAUUAUGAGCUUCUGUCGCUUUGCCGACGAUUCAAGACCACUGAUGGAUCAGAAUUUGUCAAGGGCAAGGGCAAUAGCAUAUUCGGCAAUACUUUUGAUACCAUUGGAAUGACCUCAGAGGAACUGUUCUACUAUUCCCGCGAUUAUGCAGAGGAGCUUAAAAGAAGUUAUGUCCAAUACAUUGUUGGAUUCCCGAUAUACAAUAUUAUAGAUGCCGCCGAUGCUGAGCUAGUCUUGAAUGACAAUAACUUGAUCACCAAAGGCGACAUGUACCGGUUUCUGCAUCCAUUUUUGCAAACUGGUCUUCUGACAAGCACAGGUCAAUAUUGGAAUACUCGUCGUAAGUUAUUGACACCGGCAUUUCACUUCAAGAUAUUGGAACAGUUUUUGGAAGUUUUCAAGAAGGAAAGUGUUAAAUUUAUUGAAUCGCUACGAAAAUCCACUAACAAAACCGACGAAAUCAACUUGAAUGAGUUAGUACCACGAUUCACUCUCAAUAGCAUCUGUGAAACUGCACUAGGAGUUAAGCUAGACGACUGCGCGGAUGGGGAUGACUAUCGUAAGAACAUAGCCAUUGCUGAACAUAGUUUUAUUAAACGUGUUAUGAACCCUCUAAUGGCUAGUGAUACCCUCUACAACUUGGGAGAAGGACGCAAGGACGUAAGCACCUUAAAGAAACUUCACGCAUUCUCCAGCAAUAUCAUACAAAAACGCAGAUUGAACUUUGAUGAAGCGAGUGUUAGAAAGGCCCAGGAAAUGGACUCGAGUGAUCUUAAUACCAAACAGCGUUACGCUAUGCUAGACACAAUGUUGUUGGCCGAAACGGAAGGUCUUAUCGAUCAUGCUGGAAUCUGUGAAGAGGUUAAUACUUUUAUGUUUGGCGGUUACGAUACGACUGCCAUGACUCUCAUCCUGUGUCUGGCUUUUCUGGGAAGCUAUCCAGAGAAGCAACAGCGUUGUUUCGAAGAGCUCAAAGAGUUUGUUGACGAUGAUCUUGCCAACUUGGACAAUCGAACUUUGAGUCAACUCAAGUAUUUGGAAUGUGUGAUCAAGGAAACGCAACGUUUGUGUCCAUCUGUUCCAGGCAUUAUGAGAGAGUGUCACACCGAGACGAAGCUCAAUAAUCUGAUCUUGCCUAAGGGUGCUCAGAUAAUAGUUCAUAUUUUUGAUAUACACCGCAAUCCAAAGUAUUACGAUCGACCCAAUGAAUUUAUUCCGGAACGUUUUCUUAACGAUAGCACAGUACAGCGACAUCCUUACGCCUUUAUACCAUUCAGUGCAGGACGACGCAAUUGCAUUGGACAAAAAUAUGCUAUGACAGAAAUGAAAACUUUAUUGACAUACAUUUUGAAAAACUUUGAGAUUCUUCCCGUGGACGAUCCUCUAACUUAUCGCUUUUUAGCUGGUAUUUUAAUAAGAACCAAAUCUGACGUAUAUGUUAAGAUAAGGAAACGUCUUUAAUGGUAAAAAAGGAAAAUAAAUGUUUAUUUGUUACAAUA